AUGGACACGAACAAAGGAAAACGAAAAGGAAUGGAUCGAGGGGAUGAAAGAGCUGAGAAGAAAAUGAAAAUUGAAAUCAACGAAGAGUUUUUUCGACUCAAGUAUGCUGCCGACUGUGCAAAAGUAGCCGAAGCAGGAGCUUUAGAAUCGCAUCAAAAGGCCGUCGAAGCAGAAAAAGCAGCGAAGAAGAAGGUCGAGGAAGCAAAAGAUGAUCUCAAACUCAAGCAACAAGAGAAUGCCAGGGCGGAGGGGGAGCUUAACGCUUUCAUCAGAGAAAUGGAAUUGGGAAAGAAUUAUUCAGAAAGUGUCAAAAAACUGAAGGAACUUACGAAAAACGUGGGCAUGAAUGGCUACGGGCAUAGAGACAGCAUCGGAUAUGGAUAUGAUCAAUUAAUGAAUGAAGAAACUAUUGGAAAUGUUUUGGAUUUUUUGAUUAAAGGAGCAACUAGUGUGCAUCUAAAGCUAGACUCAUGGGUGAAUGUUGAUGUCAAGAAGGACGGCUGGAGACUUUUUGUGCACGGAGAAGAAUACGAAAAGGGGAACAGGUACUACAAAGGAAGGCACAACUAUGAAAUUCAGCUGGAAAACAAUGGAAAACUUAUUCACGGGAAUGGUGGCUUCUCUGUGGAUGUAAAAAUAUUUGAUGAGUACGACGAUUGUCCGAAGAGAGGAGCUGAGGUCUUUUUGGACAACAAAUGCAGCGAAACAGUCGGCGAGGGAAAAGAACGCGUCACAUUUUAUGUCAGAGGACAUAAAGUUGGAGCACCGGAUCACGACCACCGGACUCUCGUCAACAUCACUAUGAAUUGA